UAAAUAGUAUCUAGUACCUGCAUAUCUGUAUAUAUAUGAGCAUAAGUGAGAGCAUUGAAUGCAUAGCCGGCUGAUGAGUCUCCGGUCCAGUCUAUCUCUAAAGUACUCUGAAAUGUCUUUUCACAUUUAACUUUGAUCAACAUUUUUGCAUUUGCUGCUUCACUUUUAUCAUUCUGGAAAAAAACGAACAAGUUUCUACAUUUUGUUUACUUGUUUUCUAUAAUAGUGUACCACUGUCUUUGGAGCUUCAAGGACUUGCUCUUUUUUGUUUCUUAUGCUUGUUUUCUUAUGUUCAUAUUUGUGUAGAAACUUUAUGUUAAGUAGUGUGUGUAUUUCUUGUUGUUGAUGGGGAGAGCACCAUGUUGUGACAAGAAGGGGCUGAAGAAGGGGCCUUGGACUCCUGAGGAAGAUGAGAAGUUGGUGGAGUACAUCAACAAGAAUGGUCAUGGCAGCUGGCGAUCUCUCCCCAAGCUUGCAGGCCUUCUUCGUUGUGGGAAGAGUUGCCGGCUUCGGUGGACAAACUACCUUAGGCCGGACAUCAAACGUGGUCCCUUCACUCCUGAUGAAGAAAAGCUUGUCAUACAGUUGCACGGCAUUCUUGGAAACAGGUGGGCUGCAAUUGCGUCCCAGCUCCCGGGUAGGACGGACAAUGAGAUCAAGAACUUAUGGAACACGCAUCUGAAGAAGCGUUUGCUUCUUAUGGGAAUCGACCCUCAGACUCACGAGCCUUCUCCGGUCCCCAACGGGCCGCUGAACAGGUUGCCCUCGUCUCCAUCCACACGUCACAUGGCGCAAUGGGAGAGCGCCCGCCUUGAGGCAGAAGCUCGUCUAUCCAGGGAAUCACUGCUCUUGAUUCCAUCUUCGGCGUCGCCUCUCGGGAAACCAGAUACCGACUACUUCUUGCGCCUGUGGAAUUCUGAGGUUGGAGAAACGUUCCGAAACCUCAGCAAUGGAGAGAAAACUGAUACUCAAAGCCCCGUUUCGUCUUCAUCAAAAUGUGGUUCGUUGUCGGGAACCACUACCGAAAUCGAGCUUAUAGCUGCGGACUCAUCGGCUGCACCAGAGAGCAAGAAACCUUGCAAUGAGUACGUCCAGGCACGGAUGGAUUCUUGUAGCUCGGACGAGCUGGAAGACUCUUCUGAAUCGACAUUGCAGCUGCUCUUAGAUUUUCCAAGUAAUAACAAUGAUAUGAGCUUCUUGGGACAAACUGAUUGCUAUAGCUUGUAUCCUGGUAUUUAUACUGACAGCCAUUUUGAUUGACUUGCCGAAGCACAUAAGUGUAACUUUUUGGCUGCUUGUUUCUGUGCUCUUAUUACCAUAUUUUGGUUGUAAAAUGGAGCAAGAAUGGGUGAUAUGUUCAAUAUGGUUUAGAGAGACAACAGUAGAUUGUUUCCUUUCUCAGUAUUGGCUUCAAAUGGGCAGCCUUAACCUUCAUUACAACAUGGUGUAGUUAUUGAUUCUCUUUACAUCUCAUGAUUCUUGAUGAGGUUAUAAUUAUUUAUAUUUCUUCUCCAUCGGCUGUUCUUAAUUCUUACAGCUUUUACCUAGAUCCAAUAUUGUCCCCGUCAUCACUCACAUAUCUGAAUACUUUCAACAAAAAUGUUAAAGAACAAAGAUUGUAAGAGACAUUGGAAAAGAGACAGUAAGGACGGUGUCCUGAGCACCGUCAGACUGAAACUUAUUUGAAAACAGUCUUUUACGCAAGCCGGAAGUACACAUACUAUACAGCAUCACCAAUAGGAAAUGGUUCUAACAUCCGUUUCCUGAGACCCUAAACCAUACAAAACCACAAAAGCAAAAACAAAAUUUUACGGUGAAAACUCAAACUUGGCGGCAUCCUUGACAAUUCAUUACCGACCUAAUAAAACCUUAACCUCCGAGGCAUCCAAAAGC